UAAAAGACCUUAUUGAUUUUUAAAAUUCUAAAUAAAUCUCAUUCACAAUUUCUGCAAAUAUUGCUCAAUUAUUCAAGCAAAUUUGAUUCUCCAUCACUUAAUAACAUUUUAUAAAUAAACACAACGAAUUCCUCGAUGAAUUAUUUUAGUGAAUCAUUAAAAUUCCGCUUAAGUGAUUUACUAUCAGAUAAAAAGCAACAUAUAAAAAUAUGCAAAUAAAGUGGCGCACAGAAUAAUUAUCGCUUAAAUAUACGCUUAAGUGAACAAUUAAAAUUCCUUUUCAAAAUAUAUAAAAGGAUUUCUUGAAUUGUCAACAAGUGUCAAAAUAUGAUGAGCAUAAUUUAUUUCUGAUUGGCGGACAAAAGGAACGGAAAAAAACAAAACGACAAAGAAAAGUGCACAAUAAACGCGCGUGAAAAUCCGGGAAAACAAAGAACACAGAAAAAUUAUCAAACGACGGAAUAUAAAAAAACAACGCGAAAAGAACAGCUAUGAAUUCCCUGAGGGGAAAGCUAAUAUUACCCAAAAUGAUUGGGCUGCUUCUGCUGUUCUUGGUCCCCCUGAGUGGGGCCAACUUGAGUGAUCCGAAAGGAGCUGGCAUAAUGACCACCACGGCUCCGGCUUCAGGUCACCGCAGCUCCCACCAGCAGCUCAGAUUGCAGCAACUGCAGGAGGCGCAGCAAUUGGAGGCCCAUCAGCAGCACCAUCAUCAUUUGCGGCACGAGCAGCACGUGCGUGCCGAACUGGAGGGCAAUCAUCAGCCGCCAGAGAUUGGAGAAGCUGGAGCAGGAGCAGGAGCAGGAGCAGGAGGCGGUGCCCAGAAGUCCUUCGAUCCCCAUUUGCCCAUGCAGCAGCAUCACUUGCGUCACCACAAUCGUCAUCAUAUGAGCUGGGAACAGAGGGUUUUCCCCUCUCUGCGGCAUCAGCAGCAUCGUCUGUCCAUUGCCACCACCACCACCAGUAUCCCCAGGAAUAUAGUGACCUCCGAGGCGCCCACAACCAGUCAUCAUGGACUGGUCUCGAAUCACACUCGUUACUUUGACCGGGAAGGUAUAUAUCCCUCGUGGGCUGAGCCCCGAUCCACCCGCGGUCCCAACUGGCGGCAGGAGUUGGAUUCCAGUAGCUCCGAUGAGGACAGCGAUGAGGAUGAUGACGAUGAUGAGGACUACGAGUACGAUGAUGAGGCCAAUUCCAAUGCCGUCGAUGAGGAGCUGGCAAGGCAAAUGCCUAGAUACUCAUUGUUUACCCAAAAGCGACCCCUCAUCGAAUCGAAAGAUCUGGAUUAUGAUGGCUACGAUCAAACAGAUGAGGUGGAUAUAGAUCUGAACAAGAAUCACAAUAGUAAUAAACAUCCCAGUGUGGCAAAUCCGCAUGACAAAUCAGCUGGAAAGAGGAAUAUUUUCGAUUGGCUAUUCAAGCAGGACAAGGAAAAGGAGCUGGUAAAGAAGCCACAUACCACCAGGGGCCCAAUUACAACCACAACCACAAGCACCACAUCAACCACAACCAUUAAGCCCAUAGUUCGAACCGAAAAGCCCAAGCUCCAAUUGAUAGAUGCCAAUCUGCAGAUAAAUCCGAGGAACAAUGACGAUGACGAGGACUACUCCAAUGAGGACUCCGAUUCCGAGUCGGAGGAGGGUUUCUCCAACGAACAGUGGAAUAAGAUCGAGCACGAGCAUCAUUUGAAGCAGCAGAGACAUCAGAAGGAACUAUUGGCACUCCGUGAGAAAAGCAGGAAUACGCCGCUCAUCAGAAGCAUUGAUAAUGAGGUGAGUCUCUGGCAUUGCGCCCAUUGUUCUAAACUAACCUAA